UUCGUACAAAGUUUGGUAAAAGUGCCUCUUCCAUAAGAAAUUUAAACUCCUUUGCCAAAUAUGCUCUAUAAAUGCUCAAACUCGCGCUUAAUGCAAAUAUUCGUCUUGCCUAUUGUUCUAGGGAUAUUGCCAGAUUUUAACUUAUAAAUAUUAAAACUGUUCUUCGAUGAUAAACCCCGCCGAAUAAUAAUGUCGACUGUAUGGAAAAAUGACCGAAAACAAAAGUUUAAUACUGGCCACGUGCGCGGACCCGGUUCGCCCGGCCUGCCGCCGCACUGUGCCACGGCUCGGCUAAAAUAUAAUUAUUUAUGUGGAAAUAUCGUAGAUUGUACGUAAACUUACUAUGUCUAUUACUACUAUUUCAAUAAAUAUGAAAGGUCUUGGUUAUUUAGAAAAAUAUACUUUUAAUUAUAAUGUAAUGGAUUCAAUUGAUCAGUGUGAAAAAAUGCAUGAAAAAAUAGAAAUUGUUUCUCAGUUAAUAAAAAGAUUAACUGAGUUAGAGAGCAAAUAUUCAAAAGAAAAUGAAAGAGAUAAUUCAAUUAAAGAAGAAUUUACUGGUAUUCUUCCUAAAUAUGACUCAUCUCUUGUCCAAAUUAAAGCUGAUAAAAGUGAAUUAAAUAAAAGAAUUGAAGCUUUUAUGAAAAGAAAAAGGAAAGAAGUUGAUGAAUGGAAUGUUCAAGAAUUUUGUAGUCAUCCUGUUAUUGAUGAAAAUGAAUCAGAUUGGGCAGAUUUUGAUAGUUGUGCAAGAAUUGAUGCAGUUUUCAUACCAAGAUCUGGUAGUAAGAGCCAUGUUAGAGUAUCAAGAGUUAUAAAUCAGUGGGGACCUCAAACAUACUUUUCAUCAUGUAAAAAUUCUCUUCCUGAAAUAAAAACUGAACAGAAAACAGAAACAUUACCACAAGGAAUUGAAGAGAGAUUGAAAAAUAUGGAAUCACAUUUAAAACUUAAAUCAGGAAACUCUGUACCUCAAGAUAUAUAUACAAGAUUAAAAGUACUUGAAGAUAGAAUACUUUAUUUAGAAGGGAUAUCUCCAGGUUAUCUUCAUGAUAUGAUUAGUGACCUAAACCAGACAAUGAAGAACAGACCAGAACAGUUGAAAUAUGCAAAUUGGGGAAUUUCAGACAUAGAUGCUCGCAUCCAGACUUUACAAGACUUGUUAUCACAGAAAUCAAUCAACCAGUUUGAACCAAAGAAUGAAAUUUAAUUUUCUUCUAUAUAAUAAAUGUAAAUUAUUUUAUAUUACAAGUAAUUAAAGUAAUAAUGUAUAUAAAUUUUGAUAAAAUUACUUGUA